UCGAACAUUGUCGUGCUAAAAACAACCAAGACUUUUCUCCUUUCUAGUUUAAUUAAUGACCUGGUUAAACCUGACUUACGCGCUUCAUCAAAAUCGAAAUCAUCGUUACUAUAAUGGCUUCAAUCUAAAAAUUGAUUGAGUUCCCAUACUUCUUCAAAAUAAAUUUCCAUCCUGCGUUCGACCUUGACCCAUUGGAGGCAAAGAAAGCGAGGUGGCUAUUCGUUGAUGUGAAGGAAUUCACGAGGAAAGUGCAACCAGUAGAGCUGCCAGAAGAGAACAGCUAUAUGUGGCUAUCAAGUGUACAGUGAGUGAACCAUCUUCAACAACCGCAGGAAAAUGGGUGUCCUGCUGGGUUGCAGUUUGAAAAACAAAUAUGUACUUUUUUGUGUAGGUUAUUAUCUAUUAGCCAUAGUUCAUUGCCAAACAGAGAAGAAAGCCAAAGACGAGGGAAAAGAAUUCGAAUGCCCUCAGCAAGUAGGAAAUGGAAAUUUUGCCGAUCCAGGAAAUUGUAGGAGGUUUUACCAGUGCGUUGAUGGAUUUCCAUAUAUGAAUAGGUGUCCCUCAGGGCUCUACUUCGAUGACAUCAGCAAACUUUGCACGUUCAAAAACGAAGUAAGAUGUGGACCAAUAGCAACAACUCCAGCACCUAUCACAGAGCCUCCUACAGACUUAGCAGUAAGAUGCGAUCCUGCAGAUUGCGAACUACCUUACUGUUUCUGUUCCAAAGAUGGAACAUUGAUUCCUGGAGGUUUAAAAGCAGACGACAUUCCACAAAUUGUCCUUCUGACAUUCGACGGCGCUGUGAAUUUGAACAACUUCGAACAUUAUCAAAAAGUGUUCAACAAAAAGAGGCAAAACCCUAAUGGUUGCGAGAUCAAAGGUACUUUCUUCAUAUCCCACGAGUACAGCAAUUACCAGAUGAUACAGAAGUUGGCAAGUGAAGGUCACGAAAUGGCAACAGAGACGAUUUCACUUCAGUCGGGUUUGCAAGAUAAAGGAUAUGAGGAGUGGGUUGGUGAAAUGGUUGGAAUGAGAGAAAUAUUGAAACAUCUGUCGAAUGUAUCUAAAAGCGAAGUGGUAGGAAUGAGAGCGCCGUUUUUGAAACCUGGUCGUAAUACUCAGUACAAGGUAAUAGAAGACUUUGGUUAUAUUUACGACAGUUCCAUAGGGGUACCCCCGUCCGACAUUCCAGUUUGGCCUUACACAUUGGAUUAUAAAAUACCCCAUGAAUGUAAAUCAGGAACGUGCCCAACCAAAUCUUUUCCAGGAGUUUGGGAAGUGCCGCUAAACGAACAUUAUGUCAAGGACUUCGAAGGGGGCCAUUGCCCAUACCUUGACCAAUGUGUACUCCACAACAGCGAUGCCGAAGAAGUUUUCGAAUGGCUGCAAGAAGACUUCAGUAGAUAUUAUGAACAGAACAAAGCUCCCUACAUGAUGCCAUUCCAUACAAACUGGUUUUCUAUCAAGCCAUUAGAAAGGGGACUCCAUAAAUUUUUAGACUGGGCUACAACCUUGCCUGACGUAUACUUCGUGACAGUUACCCAAGCAUUAACAUGGAUAACUGACCCCAAGGCACUGGAUGAACUAAACAAUUACGAGCCUUGGGAUUGCCAAAAAAAGAAGGAAAAUACACCUCCACCCCCGUGCAACAUAUCAAAUAAGUGCGCACUAAACUUCAAAACGCCAGAUAUGAAUUUCACAGACAUAAGAUAUUUGGAAACAUGUUUUGAGUGUCCCAAACAAUAUCCUUGGUUGGGAGAUGCUGGAGGUUCUGGAAUACCAGGAAAGGAUAAUUAUAUUCCAGACAAUGUUAAGUAGUUACUGUAGUAUAGUAUUGAAUGAAUGCCAAAAUUGAGAGGUUAAGUAAAAGUCAAUUCGUUAAUCAACAAUAAAUUAUUGUUUUUAUACA